CCCAAUAUUCCUUCACCAUUCCCUCAUUUUAUUUCCGCCCCCCUCCUCCUCCCUAUUAUUUACUCUUUGACUUCACUCUACUUUUCAUCUUCACUUUACUUUCAAGAUGGCGGAUCCGCUGACGUUGCUGCGCGACUUUACGCAGAGUGGUCGCGCAGUGCAAUCGGUCGACUCGCGGCUCGUCUUUGGCAACCUCGCCUCAGAGCGAUCCACGCAAACCAACUUUAAGCGCACCGGCGGCGGCUACUAUACACUCGAUGCAAUCUGGUUCUUGCUGCAGAACGCAGACAAGGCGACGGCGCAGUUCGGUCAGUACAUUCGCGAUGCUCAGGCAGCAAACGUCCCCUCGGUCGCGCUCAUGGACCGCAAGGACGUCCUCUCGUACAUUCGCGGCGAGAUUGCAACCACCCCAAAGCUCGACUUGAACGCUUUCAUUGCGCCAGCCGAACCCUACGUCGGCGCUGCUGCGACUCGAAAGCACGCAAUGGACGAGCCUGGCAGUCAAGACUCGAACAAGCGCACUCGUAUGGAUUCAGAUAUGGACACUGGUAGCGCUGCCUCUGCGGCUGCCGAUCAAUUGCCUCUCGAUGUGGACUCGGACGAAGCGUUCGUCAAGGAGCUUCUUCGACGAGAAAAGCUCCUCCGAACUCGCUCCAGUGUUUUGCAAGCGUCAAAGAACUUUUCAAGCGUCCUGAACGUGAUGCAGGACAUCAAAAAGCGCCAAGAGCAGCUCGCCAAAACAGCCAGCUCUGCGACCGGCCCCAAGCAGUACAAUCGUUAUGAAACCCAAGAAAAGGACUACUUGGCCGACUCGUUCCAACUCGAUGCAAGCGGCACCAAUUUGGCCAGCCCGAGCAGUCGCGCCGCCGCUUCGCCGGCAACGAAUGCGCCGGAAGCCCAACAGCGCGAUCUCGUGCCCAUCAUCAUCGUGCCCGCCGUGGAAGACGCACUCAUCACCCUCGCCAACGUCAAGGAGCUCCUUGAAAAUAGUCACUUUGUCUCGCGGCAAGAGUUGCGAGACAGGCAACAAAUCCGCCCCACUUCAGAUAGUGUGCUCGUUCUUCGCAAAAAGGCCGACGGCAAGGCAGUGCCUUAUCGAGUGAUUGAUUCAACGCUAAAGCUGCGUCCUGAGGACUGGAAACGGGUUGUUGCGGUAUUUGCGCACGGUCCUGCAUGGCAGUUUAAGGGAUGGAAGUGGCCGUCACCUGCCGAGCUUUUCAUGAAGGUGAAAGGCUUCCACUUGAUGCUUCAGGAGGGCAAGGUGGAGGAUACCAUCAAGAGCUGGGACGUUUCCAAGCUUGUUGUCAAUCCACGAAAACCACAUCUUGAUACUACGGCCGUGCGUCAGUUCUGGGAAGAGCUGGACAACUGGACCUCGAAGCGUGAUUUGAGUUAUUUGCGAUUGUAAAUCCGAUUCUAAAAUACAUCAGAGCAAUCAAAAUUGAAAACACCACA